AUGGGUUUGAGUCGUAGCAUCAGUGUAGUGUGUGUAAAUUUAAUCUUGACGGAGACGUUGGAUCAGACUCUCGAGAGGAGGCCGGUGACAUAUUGUCGGGGGAAGGGGAAUGCCCGCCUGAGGGAACCUAGACCCCGUUCAUCAGCGCAGGAAAACAGUCAGGUGACUGCUUUGACAACACAGGUGGCCGCGCUUCAGAGUCAGAUCUUGGUGAUUCUACAGUUUGAUGCGUCGACCUCCGAGCCCAUCCACCCUGAGCAUGCCCGCCAGACCACUGCCCCUGUGGACCCCCAGACCUCCGAGCUGCAUAUGCUUGACGGCCAAGUAGAUUUUGGAACAUUAUUUGAUUAG